AUGAGUUCACAUCCACACCCACCUCCCACAGCCCCAAGACCCCACGGUCAUCGCGGCGGCCACGGCGGCCGAGGUCGCGGUCAAGGUCGAGGCCGUGCCCGUGGUGGCGGCGGCGGCGGAGGCCCAUCACAUCCACGUCCCGGACAAUCAGCCUUUGCAGCAACAAACGGACCGAACCCCGUACCCCGCCACUCAGCAAUCCACACAAACACUCAUGUUUCAAUAGUUCUCAAAGAAGACCAACCUACCGGCCGACAAGUUACGGGACUUGUAGCUGAUGUAUUGACACGUGGGGAUCAUCAUCGGGGUGUCAAAGUACGGUUGAAAGAUGGGAGGGUGGGGAGGGUACAGAGAGUUCUACACGGGGUUCCGGAUAGUAGUAGUACAAUUCAGAGUGGAAGUGCUGGUGGUGGACAACUUGAUGGUGCUACUGCUAUGGAGGAGGGUUCAGGUGGUUUUCAAAACGUAAAUUUGGGUGAUAGAGGAGGUAGUGGAGGGAAUAGGAGCAAUUAUAGAGGUGGGAGGGGCAGAGGUAGAGGUGGGUUUAGACCAUACAAUGUAUCAUCAGCUAGGGGUGAAGACGGAAACGAAAGAAGCGAGGCUACAUACGACUUAACAGCAUUUAUACGGGGUGGGAGGAGGGGUGGGAGAUAUAGAAACCAACGGGGAGGGCGAGGAUUUGGGAAUACAGACGCUGGCGGAUCUGGUGGGCGCUGGGAGGAACUGGAGUUAUCGCCACUAGAUUCGGAUGAGUUUUUGGAGAAUAGUCCAAGUAACGAUCCCAUCAUACGGUGCCCUGUUUGCAGCGACUUUGAAGGGGACGAAACGGCGGUAUCACAUCAUGUUGAGGCUCACUUCAGAUAG